AUGGCCAGUGAGGAGACUGGCGCCGAACCUCCCAAGCGGGAUGUUCGCAACCAUAUGCUUUUCGAAGUUGCGACCGAGGUGGCUAAUAGGGUGGGUGGAAUUUACUCCGUCCUCAAGUCUAAAGCUCCCGUGACGACCGCCGAAUAUGGCGAGCGAUACACUCUGAUUGGACCCUUGAACCGUGCUUCAGCAGCGGUGGAGGUGGAAGAAUUGACUCCAUCUAAUCCUCGAAUGAUCGAGACGAUCAAGUCGAUGCAAGAACGUGGCAUUGAGGUCAUCUACGGUCGCUGGCUGAUUGAAGGCGCUCCCCGGGUGCUUUUGAUCGACACAUCAACGGGAUAUAAAUUCCUGGACGAGUGGAAAGGGGACCUGUGGAACACGGCGGGGAUCCCAUCACCGGCUGCAGACACCGAAACCAAUGAAGCGAUUGUCUUUGGAUACCUGGUAGCAUGGUUCCUGGGUGAAUUCAUCGCCCAUGAAAGACGGGUUGCGGUGGUCGCCCAUUUCCACGAGUGGCUUGCUGGGGUAGCCCUCCCGCUGACCAAGAAGCGACAUAUGGAUCUCACCACAAUUUUUACCACCCACGCAACUUUACUCGGUCGCUAUCUCUGUGCGGGAUCAGUGGACUUUUAUAACCACCUACAGCACUUCGAUGUGGAUGCAGAGGCUGGUAAGCGUGGCAUCUAUCACCGGUACUGUAUUGAGCGAGCCGCGGCGCACACGGCAGACGUCUUCACUACCGUCUCCCAUAUCACCGCGUUCGAAAGCGAGCAUCUCCUGAAACGAAAGCCAGAUGGAGUUCUGCCGAAUGGGCUCAAUGUCAAGAAGUUCUCCGCAGUGCAUGAGUUCCAGAAUCUACACUCACAAUCCAAAGAGAAAAUUAAUGACUUCGUUCGGGGCCAUUUCUAUGGCCAUAACGAUUUCGAUCUGGACAAUACCCUGUACCUUUUCACGGCGGGACGCUAUGAAUUCCGGAACAAGGGCGUCGAUAUGUUCAUCGAAAGCUUGGCUCGCCUGAACCAUCGCUUAAAAGCCAGCGGCUCCAAAACUACCGUAGUUGCUUUCAUCAUCAUGCCAGCCCAGACCACGUCUCUCACGGUCGAAGCCCUCAAGGGACAGGCUGUCGUCAAGUCCUUACGGGACACAAUCGAGAUGAUCGAAAAGGGCAUUGGAAAGCGAAUGUACGAGCGUUGCCUUGCGUGGAAGGAAGGCGACAACAUGCCGGAUGAGAAGGACCUCAUGGCCAGUCAAGAUCGCGUGCUGUUGCGACGCAGGUUGUUUGCCAUGAAGAGGCACUCUUUACCGCCGAUCGUCACUCAUAACAUGAACAAUGACCACGAAGACCCAAUUUUGAACCAGAUCCGCCGUGUUCAGCUGUUCAACGAUCCAACCGACCGCGUUAAGAUAAUCUUUCACCCAGAGUUCCUCAACUCGUCGAACCCCGUGCUACCACUCGAUUACGAUGACUUUGUCCGCGGUACGCAUCUUGGAGUCUUCCCAUCAUACUACGAGCCUUGGGGUUACACACCCGCUGAGUGCACUGUGAUGGGUGUCCCCAGUAUCACCACCAAUCUGUCCGGUUUCGGUUGCUAUAUGGAGGAGUUAAUCGAGAACUCAUCCGACUACGGUAUUUAUAUAGUGGAUCGCCGAAUGAAGGGUGUUGACGAUUCCGUCAACCAGCUUACUGAUUUCAUGUUCAACUUUGCUCUGAAGAGCCGCCGCCAACGGAUCAAUCAACGUAACCGCACUGAGCGGUUGAGCGAUCUGUUGGACUGGAAACGUAUGGGAUUAGAGUAUGUCAAAGCGCGGCAGCUGGCUCUUCGGCGAGCCUACCCGUCUUCCUUUGGUAGCGGCGAAGACUUCUAUGAUAUUAUUGGAGGAACAGAACAGAAGAUUUCACGACCGUUAUCUGUCCCAGGGUCACCAAGGGAUCGCUCGGGGAUGAUGACCCCUGGUGAUUUUGCAUCCCUGCAAGAAGUCAAAGAAGGACUGAGUACUGAGGACUAUAUCGCAUGGCGGCUGCCUGGUGCAACCGAUGAGGAUGAACCAGACGACCAAUACUUCCCACUGACACUACGAACGAAAAAGACAUCCGAUCGACCCGCAUCGCCGCUCGACCGCAUAUCAGUCAAUGGUGGGAACUGA